AUGCCACCGUGCCCCAGGCGGAGCGCGGCGGGCAGAAGGGCUGGGCGCGCAGGCAGGCGCCAGCGGCAGAGCCCCCCGAGCAGCCGGCCCGGCGCGCGCCCCACGGCCAUGCUGCUCCUCCUGCACCUGCUGCCCGCCCUGCUGCCCCCCGCCGCCCCGGCCAGCUGCACCGGCGCGGGCGCCGACCGGCAGCUCGUCCUGGCCAAGGUUCGGGCGCGGGUGCUGGAGCAUCUGAGCCCCCCUGCGCCCCAGGGGGGGGCCCCGCUGGAAGGGAGGAGAGUGCAUCGGAGAGACGUCCCGGAGAGCCCUGAAGUGCCCCCGCACGAAGAGCCGGAGGACACUUCCCAGGUGAUCCUCUUCCCUUCCACAGAUGUGCCCUGCGAGUCCACGCAGCCGGACAAGCUGCUGGAGGAAGAAGGGAUCUUCACCUACCUCUUCCAGCCGUCACCCCACACCCUCAGCCGCACGGUGACCUCAGCCCAGCUCUGGUUUUACACCGGCCCUGUGGCCGCCCGCAACCACUCGGCGCCGGACGUGCUGACGCUGUCGCCGCAGGGCCGCGUGCCCGUGCUGGCCACGGCGGUGCCGGCGCCCGACCACUGGACCGUGUUUCACUUCGCGUCCGCCCUGCUGCCCCACCUCUCGCAGCCGCUCUUCGUGCUGCUCGUGCGCUGCCCCGGCUGCCCCUGCGUGGCCGACAGCGAGAAGAUGCCCUUCCUGGUGGCCACCACGCAGGCCAAGGGCAGCGAGCGGGCCCGCCGCUCCACCGUGCCCUGGUCGCCCGCUGCCCUGGGGCAGCUGCAGCGCCCCUCGGAAGACGUGGCUGCCCACACCAACUGCCGCCGGGCCUCCCUCAACAUCUCCUUCGAGGAGCUGGGCUGGGACAACUGGAUCGUGCACCCCAGCAGCUUCGUUUUCCACUACUGCCACGGCAGCUGCUCCGAGGGCCACGGCCUGAGCCACCGGCUGGGGGUGCAGCUGUGCUGCGCUGCGCUGCCGGGCACCAUGCGCUCGCUGCGCGUCCGCACCACCUCCGACGGCGGCUACUCCUUCAAGUACGAGACGGUGCCCAACAUCCUGGCCCAGGACUGCACCUGCGUGUAGCGCCCGGCUCGCGCCCUCCUGCCCUGCUGUGUCCCGGCCGCAGGCUGUCUCACAGCCCCCGCAGACCUGCCCUGCGCCGCCCUCACCAUCGCCCCAGGCUCCCUGAGCAAGGCCCUGAGUCCCUGGGCACAAAAUGGUCCUCUCCAGGAUGAUGGGGGAGUUACUUGCCAAAGGAGACCUGCGGCAUCAUCCCCAGCUCAGGGACAGGGACCAGGCAGGGAUGUAAACCUGCUUUUGCCCGGGCUCAUCUCUGACCAGCUCAUCCCACAUUUGUUCCCAUCCCCCCAAAUAAGACUGGGAAGGCACAAGCAGGCCCCGCUCCUGCUGCUUAGCACUAAGCAGCCCAAGGUCUCCGGGCUGCUUUGCCAGGGCAGAGUUUGUGCUGGCACCUGCAGCCCCUCAAAGUAGCUCACUGAUGGCAGGGAGAAGAGAUGCCCUCCCAAGCCUGGUUCCAGGGCCACAGGGAGGAGCAGAUGCCUCUGGAGAAAUCCCACAAAGUUGUGUCCUGGCUCCCUGCUGGCCCUGACUGGGCACCCAGCUGUGGAGAGCUGCUGGGUGCUCCCUUCAGUGGUCUGCUUGCCUGAGGCUGCUUGGUCCCUGCAGGUUUUGGAGAUGCAAACUGCCCCACGUGUUCCCAGCUAGAGGCAGGGAAGGUGGACAUGGAGCUGGGGACAUGGAAACAGGGACCCGGGAGAGGGUGUGGUGGGGCAGGCCGGGCCAGCUCACGGCAAGACAGACAGGUGCAAGGCUGGGGACACAGGAUGGGAUGUGCCGGGGCAGGCGGAGCUGGGAUCUCGCACAGGUCGCGGGGCCCGCGGUAUGCAGGGCACUGCAGGUAAACGCUCUGCGAGUGGCAGAACCUGUUUGAAAGAUUAACGAGAUGAGUGAAAUAAACC